AUGAAGCUAAGUACCGGUUCUCAUGGACCUUAUCCAAACUGCAAAUCCAUUGCGAAAGGUUUUGCACAUGCUAUUGCGGCUGAAUCUGGAAGUGAUUGCACAUGGGUCGUAUGUCGGUUCUCUCCUCAUUGCGAGACCUUGCUUUAUCUCGGUGACGAUGAAGGCAAUAUUGGCGUAGCAGAUAUAACACCAGUCGUUGGGCCUGAACAUGCUAUGCAAAUCACGAUGGUACAAUGUUUCCCUGCUCAUGAAGCUACAAUUAUGGAUGUUGUCGGCGUACCAAAUUGCCCAAAUGGUCUUUUGUCCAUCUCAGGUGACACAACGGUGCGCUUGUGGGACCUACAACAUCAGCAAUCUACUCUAUACUUUGGCCAUGAGAUGUCUGUCCGUAGUGUUUGCUUUGCUCCAGACUGCAGCAAUAUCUUUGCGACUGGUGGAAGAGAUGGCCAGAUACGUCUUUGGGACACCAGGACAAGCAGCUUCCAGAAGCAAGGGCAGCUAGUGAAGAAGCCUGUAAAUGUGUACAGAAAUGCACAUGUUGUGAAGGAUUUCCGAACUCCACCGAAGAAAAAGUCGUUUUCACUGCGACUUUCCGGACGACUUGAGAAGGCGGAACCACCAAGUGUUACGAGUCUUGUGAACAUCUAUGGGCUUAGAUUAUGGGAUACCAGAAAAAUUGCUGUGAACGAUGAGGGCUACGUUUUAUCUACACUAGAAAUCCCGAUCAGUAAAGAUGCAGGAGUCACAAGUCUUUGCCUCGACCGAUACGGCAGCUCGCUGUUUGCAGCCGUUACGGACAACUGUGUGUACGAAUACGGAAUUCUAACUGCUGACACUCGACCUGUCCGACAUUAUACUGGCGCGCAGAUAGAGUCAUUCUAUGUCCAGGUCCAAGCAAGUCCAGUGAGCGAUCAUCUUCUGUGUGGCUCAAAAAAUCAGCAAGCCGUAAUGUGGGACUUACAGGACGUACACGAGUUCCCUGGUGAGCCAAUGCCUCCAGAGCGGCAGGCCCGAACGAUGUUCCCAGCUUUCACUUUAAACGGACACGAUACCGAAGUUUGCUGUGUCAGCUGGAGCCGCACAGGAAGAUACAUCGCUUCAAUGGAUGACGAACACUUUCGAAUAUGGAGUGCUGACAAUGUUACGACUGAUACGGUUACCACAUCAAACUUAGAGGCGGUCAAGCCUUACGAGCUGAGCGAGUCUGAGAAGACUACCUUACUCGUGAACAGGAUGACGAUUGGUCGAGAUCGGAUGAGCAGCGUUAAUUCUCCUCUGAGUUUUGUCACGCCAUCGCGCAAGCGAAAGGAACCUUUCGCAAGUCCUAUUAAACGGCUCAAAACUCCUACAAAGUCUCCUAAUUCAAAGAUAAUGAAAUUAGGAUCUCCUGUUUUACCGCUUUGCAAUAUAACAAAUUCUUCUCCUGGCACUCCGAGCUCCAGUUAUGAGGCCACAUCGUCAUCACACCGAAAGAAAUUACGAAAAAGCGCUUUUCAUUACAGAUUUCCUACGGAGAAUUUGCCUAAUAGGGUGUACGAGCGAUUCUUGGCGAAGUUUAAAGCAAAACGACUGGUGGAAAGGCAGCCAUCUUGCAGUUCCUUACUCAAUUUACCUAGUAGCGGUAAAAAGAAGCUGGAAGACUUUUGUGUGCGUAGUGGGAUUGCAGUGAGCACUUCGAAAGCUGGAAGAGUACGGUUACCCAGCGUCACGGAGUUUGGCAACUCUGUAUGUUCAAAGAUGCUAUCAGAAGAAGAUAGAGUUCAACAGAACUCUCCUCGUAAACUGACUGUGAAACUGACCCCGCUCAAAUCACGCCCAAAAGAAGUUAAAGAGCCUACGAGUAACCACAGAAGAUCUAGCCGGAAUCUGCUCGAUUACUUUGGGAAGAAAUGUUGUAUUGAUAUCCACUGAACCUUAGCAAAGUCUUACCUUCAUGAAUUACAUUAAGUUCAUUUUAAUAAUCUAAACCAAAUAGAAACUAACGGAGUAUGUAUUAGGCCUGAGACAUACCACGCGAUUUGGCACCGGAACGACUAUGCAUAAUUGAUUUUUAGUGCGUUUUGUUUACGCAGGAUUUGAUCCUUUUGCAACAAGUUACACGAACUACGCGCCUAUGUAUCUAAGAGCCGCGCACGAUAUAUUUGUAGACAUCUGGCAAAUCGUCAAGUCGCGCUGAGAUCGCGAUUCGGCUGAAUCGCGCGAGUGUUGUGAAUGCAAAAAACGUGGGCCAGCGUCCGUUAGAGCAAAGCAAUAUGACCCUCAAACUGCCACUUAAGUUGUUGGAAAGGAAUUAUUGUGUCCAGCAUGAAUGUCGGCCCUUAAGGUUCCCGUGAUUCAAAAUUCAGGUUGAUGGUGUUCAUAUUGAAGAUGCUUGCUUAGCUCUAUGGAAUAAGUCACGCUUUUUGAAUUGCCCGCCUUGACAUAACAAACGAUCAUUGAUUUGCACUAUAAUAUAGCGUUUCUAAUUAGCUUAACAUUCAACAUUUUUUUCUUAUGGGUACACUUUUCUUUCUCUUAUGGGUACUCUUCAUUACUGGGUGGACAGGUCUUUGAGAUGCCAUGCUUUGUCUGCAAUUCGAUAUUUGUUUGCAAAUUUGAGUGAAACUUCGAACUUGCUUUUGCUCAUCAUGAUUAACAUUUAUUCAUGCACCAAUUUUCAUUUUCAUAUUUUUUGUGACAUUUUGACACACAAUGUGAUAAGUUUUCACCUCAAUUUUUGUAAGUGUGAAAAUAAAGCUAGUCU